UUAUAGUGUCGAUAAAUUCUUUUCUAUUUACAAAAAAAAAUCUAGUGAAAAAUAAUAAAUUAUGAAUUUAAAAAUUGGACAAUUAAUUUUAAUAAUUUCAUUUAUAACAACACAAAGUUAUGGAGAUGUUCCAAAAUGUGAAGAUGAAGGAUGCUAUGAAGUUAUUAAAACUUUUGUGAAACUUCUCGAGGACAAGAUUAAUGAAACUGAUAAAAUUUUAGCAGAAGCUGAGAAGGAAUUGAGUGAAGUAACACAUGGAAGUGAUGGAAAUUUUCAAAAUAGAAUCCUUGAACUUGAAAGCAGAUUGGACAAAUUGAUAAUUGAAAUGAUAACUGGAAUCGAUGGAGGAGAACAUUCCUUAUUUGAGUUAAUCAAUAUUGUCUUUAAGUCUGUCGAUCAAAUUGAUGCCAACACAAAUCAAAUCGAACUAUCACUGGAUGAUGGAAAUAAGCUAGUUAAAAUUGCAGAUGUAAAGUUCACAGACAUAAAGGAAGCAAUUAGAAAAGUUCAAGAAGAAUUUGAAAAAGUUAAAAAUCAGACAGACACAGACUUACCAAAUGCACUGCAAGAUGCUUUCGAUAAAUCUGAAAAAUUCCAUACAGACACAAAAGAACUAAAAGAAAUCGUUGAGAAGAUGAAAAGAAUGCUUGCAGAUUAUGAGAAAAAUUUAAUGAAUGCAAAAGACUUAAUAUCACAGACAUUAGACAAGUUCAGUGAAAUAUCAAAUCAAAUUGAUUCAAAUUCAGAAAUACUAAAAUGGAUUCAAGACACAUUGAAAGAAGCAACUGACUCACCAUUGCCAGUUCAUGAGCUGGAAAAUGUGAAAAAGUUGACAAGUGAAGCUAUGGAGAAGGCAAAGAGUGUAUUUGAUGAUUCUUUGGAACUUUUGAAUGAAGUUAGUUUAUUGGAACUUUAUGGGAAGUUUGAUGAUAUUAAGAGUCGCAUUAAGGAACUCAAUGACUACCCAAUUACUGCAGAAGCUGACUUGAAGAAAUUUUCUGACGAUAAUUCACAAUUUCUGGAAGAAAUGGAAACGACAAUUGAGAAGGCUGAGAAAUUAGAGAAGAAGUCAGAGACUCAACAAGAUAAAAUUAAGGAACUGCUCAAAGAAGUUAAAGACAUAGAAAAAAUGUCGAAAAAGGCUAUUGAAGAUAAAGAUGGAAUCAUCAACAAUGCAAGAAAUAUUUUUGGAACUUUAGAAGAUUUCAACACAAAAGUUGAGGAAUCGCGUGAAAAUGCUCGAGCAGCUCUUGAGAAAAUUCCAGAAAUUCUAAAGAAAAUUUCCGACAGCAAGGAAAUUGUAAAAACUCUCGAAAAUGAAGUCGAGGAAAACAUGAAAGUGGCACAGGAUGCAAAGGAUAAAAAUACAGUAAUUAAAGAGGAAAUGGAUAAAGUUUUGGAACAAAGCAGCAAUAUGAAAACCAACACCGAAGCUCUAGCUGAUGAACUCGAUGAAGCUUUCGAUGCAAUGACCAACGUGCAAAAAAUUCACGAAAAAAACUCAAAAGAUCAUGACGGACUGAAAAAAGCUGAAAAUGAAACGGAAGAUUUUGUGCAAAAAGCUAAGGAAAAAGUUGACAGAACAAAGACAAAAAGAGAGGAAGUUGACGGAAAAGUUGAUACUACAAUUGAUGAUUUGGAGAAAAUGAUGAAGCAAAUUGACGGGAUUAAGGAUGUGGAUUUGAAACAGCUUGAAGAGUUUGAAACAAAAAUCACCGAAAUCGAAGGCGACCUAAAUGAAUCAAAAUUAGCACAAAAGUAUGAAGAUAUGAAAGCGCAACGUCAGCAGCAGGAAGAAACAAUUGAAAAUUACAAAGUUCAUAUUGCUUUUCUUGAACACGAAGUGAAAACAAUUAAGGAAAAUGCAGAAUCAUUGGAAAAUCGAUGCUUUAAACGAACACGCUUGGAACCAUAAAACACUAUUGAUAUAAAAUAUCGUGAUAUAUAUUUUUUAUAUGAUGACUUUACAGCAGAUUGUUACAGCAAUAAAAUAUUUUUGAAUAAUUUUUCGACCGUUA